AUGUAUAAUAACGAAACAAUUCAGGACAUUGAGGAAUUGCCUUCGAGAGCUAAUACUCCACCAGUGAUAGUAACUUUAAGUCCACAUACACCAUUAUUACAAAAACCAACUCCAAUUAUCAAACGAAAGAUAAUUUUUAUACUUACAAGUUUAAUAAUUAUCAAUAUUGCAGCAUGGAUAGUGUCCAUAUUUGCAUUUCGUAAAUUUCCAUCACUUAUAGGAACGGCAGCAUUAGCUUAUACCUUAGGCCUUCGACACGCUGUAGAUGCUGAUCAUUUGGCAGCAAUUGAUAAUGUUACUCGUAAACUUUUACAAACAGGAAAAUAUUCUGUAGCUGUUGGUCUCUUUUUCUCUUUAGGCCAUUCUACAAUUGUAAUAUGUGCAUCUAUUGCUAUUGCUAUUACUGCCACAACCAUAAAAGAUAAAUUAGGUGACUUACAAUCUAUAGGAGGUCUAAUUGGAACUUCUGUAUCAGCCGCAUUUUUGUUUAUAAUUGGAAUUAUAAAUACUUUCGUGUUAAUUUCAGUUUAUCGUUCACUUCAAAAGUUAAAACGUACAGGUUCUUAUGAAGAAGAAAAUAUUGAAACUAUUCUUGAUAAUUCUGGUUUGUUUGGUAAAUUGUUUAGACCUUUAUUUAAAUUUAUUGAUGCAAGUUGGAAAAUGUAUCCUCUUGGGGUACUUUUUGGUUUUGGUUUUGAUACUUCUACAGAAGUUGGACUUUUGGGAAUUGCAGCUUUUCAGGCUAAUCAAGGCCUUCCUAUUUGGUUAAUUAUGAUAUUUCCAUUACUUUUUACAUCAGGGAUGGCUUUAAUAGAUACAAUUGAUGGGAUUUUAAUGUUAGGAACUUAUACAUGGGCCUUUAUUAACCCAAUUAGAAAAUUAUAUUAUAACUUUAUUAUUACAUUGCUUUCGGUUUUAGUUGCUUUUAUUGUUGGUACAAUAGAACUUUUAAAUAUUUUAAGUGAAAAAUUGGAUCUUCAAGGACCAUUUUGGGACUUUUUUUCAGUCCUUGGAGAUCAUUUUGGUACAAUUGGUUUUUUAAUUAUUGCAUUAUUUAUUAUAACAUGGAUUAUUGCCGGGAUUGUUUACAGAUGUGGUGGUUAUUCAAAAUUGGAGCAAAAUUUCAUUCAACGAAAUGUUAUACAAGAUGUUAUUACUGAUGCAAGUUCAAUUAAAUCAAAUAAAUCAACUUCAGAAUUUUAA